AGAAAACAGAGAAGGCGGUAGCUGCGGUUGGGGCCCGUGAGUUUCUAAGUCCAGCACUAGAGUUGGGCUGAACUGAACUGCAAGUCACAGGCACCUGUACAGACAUGUGGCAGCAAAUCCUUCAGAGUGUCCGGUCCUUUAAAUAUCCCUGGAGGAGUAUAAUUCUGGCCCCUGCUGCUCUGGGAGCUGGAGGGCUCCUGGUUUGUUGGCUCCUGUCUAGACGGAAGAUCAAGACUCUAGAAAUGGGAGAUGGAUGGUGGGGCUCAGGCGAGAGGCCCCCAAGAGAGAAAGAAGAUGAGCGGAUCCGAUCCUUCCAAAUUGAAACCUCUGACAGGGAAAUUCAGGAACUGCACCAGCGCCUGGAUCAGGCCCGCUACACACCGCCACUUGAGGGAGUCGCCUUCCAGUAUGGUUUCAACUCUACCUACCUGCAGAAAGUUGUUGCCUAUUGGAGGAACCAGUUUGACUGGCAGAAGCAGCUGGAAAUUGUGAACCAAUAUCCACAUUUCAAAACAACUAUUGAAGGGAUUGAAGUCCAUUUUGUCCAUGUGAAGCCCCCUGGCAUCCCCAAGGGUCAGGCAGUCAGGCCUUUGUUGAUGGUGCAUGGCUGGCCUGGCUCCUUCUAUGAGUUCUAUAAGAUCAUCCCACUGCUCACUGACCCAGCUGGGCAUGGCCUGAAUGAGGAUGUGGUGUUUGAGGUCAUCUGUCCAUCCAUCCCAGGCUAUGGCUUCUCCGAGGCACCUCACCAACAAGGUUUUGACACGCUGGCUGCUGCUCGGAUAUUUCACAAGCUGAUGCAGAGACUGGGUUUCCAGGAGUUCUAUGUACAGGGGGGAGAUUGGGGCUCUCGGAUCACCGUAAACAUGGCCCAGAUGCUGCCAAAGUCCGUGAAAGGGCUUCAUCUGAAUUUAGUCUUCAUCACCUUAGGAGGUUUGGGGAGGCUGGUGUCUUUACUGCUGGGGGCUUAUGUGCCAUGGCUGGUGGGCCUCACCAGGGAAGACGCCCGCCGCAUAUACCCAUACUUGGAGAAGAACGUGUAUGAACUUCUGCGGGAGACCGGGUAUUUGCACAUCCAGGCCACCAAGCCAGACACAGCAGGCAGUGGACUAAACGACUCCCCCAUUGGACUUGCUGCAUACAUUCUGGAGAAGUUCUCUACCUGGACCGAUAGAUCAUUCCGGGACAUGGACAAUGGAGGUCUGGAGAGGAAAUUCUCUAUGGAUGACCUUUUGACCAAUGUGAUGAUUUAUUGGGUAACUUCAUCCAUUGUGCCAUCAAUGCGCUUCUACAAGGAGAAUCUUUCCAAGAACCCCAACACUGCUCCUGAUGCCAGGAUUGGAGUGUACGUACCCACUGGCAUUGCUGCUUUCCCCCAGGAGCUUGCACAUUGCCCACGCUCCUGGGCAAAGAAGUUGUUCAAGAACAUAGUUGUCUACUCCUACAUGCCACGUGGGGGGCAUUUUGCUGCCUUCGAGGAACCAGAACUCCUGGCACAGGAUAUCAGGCAGUUGGUCAGAAAGGUGGAGCAUCUGUGAGCCAUGAGCAAGCGGGAGGCAGUAUGCACAGAUAAAUGGGUGCACAUUGCUAGACCACCAGCCUGAGGUAAUUAAUAACUGCAUUUCUGAUAACACUUUAUAAAGCCAAAUAUCCAUUUGCUUGGUAGCUGCAGCUAUCAGCCUCAAAAAAAUGCCAGAUGGUUAAAAAUCAAUUUCUAGAGCUUUUAAUUUAAAAAUAACCAUUAAAUUCCCACUGAAAGGUA